AUGUCUGAACCAACGAGCCAAACGACUAUCAGUCCCCACAACCAGCAGCCCCUUGUUACUCGCUCAUACCCUUCGCAGGAUGAGUUGAGCGUCGCCAUUCAACGCUCCGCGGCAGCCCAGAAAGUAUGGGCCCGUGCGCCGCUGCAGGAGAGGAUCGCUGUUGGCAAGAGGUUCAUGGAUGAGUUUCGCAACAUGAUAACCGAGAUUCCGACGGAGUUGACUCUGCAGAUGGGCCGACCAGUCUCGCAGGGGGCAGGAGAAGUACGGGGGACCCUCGAGCGUGCAGAGUACAUGCUUUCCAUUGCAGAAUCCUGCCUCACCGACGUCUCCCUGGAGGACACAGACAAGCCCGGCUUCCGGCGAUUCAUCCAGCGCACGCCUCUCGGCGUCGUCCUUGUCAUUGCACCGUGGAACUACCCGUACCUCACCUCAAUCAACUCCGUGCUCCCUGCGCUCAUUGCCGGGAACGCCGUCAUCCUCAAACCAUCUCCCCAGACGCCCCUCACGGCAGAGCGUUUCUCCCUCGCGUGGACGCGCGCCGGCCUCCCUCAGGACCUCCUGCAGGUCAUCCACCUCUCGCCGUCGCUGACGUCAUUUGCAGUCCAGCACCCCUCCGUCGCGUUCGUGUCGUUCACGGGCAGUGUUCCUGGAGGACGCGCAGUCGACCAAGCGGCGGCGAGUGCGAAAGAUUUCAAGGGCGUCGCUCUGGAGCUCGGAGGGAAAGACCCGGCUUAUGUUCGUGCUGAUGCCGACCUCGAGUACACAGUCGCAGAGCUGGUCGAUGGUGCGAUGUUCAACUCCGGGCAGAGCUGCUGCGCCAUUGAGCGGAUCUAUGUCCACGAGUCAUUGUUCGACCCGUUCGUCGCGAAGUUCGUCGAGCUGGUCAAGCAAUACAAACUGGGCGACCCGACGCAACCCGGCACCAACCUCGGACCCGUGGUCAGCGUCGCAAGCGCAGAGAGGAUUCGCAGACAAGUCGCAGAUGCCAUCAAAGCGGGCGCGAAGGCCCUGAUCCCCGAGAGUCUCUUUUCCGUCGCCCAGGCCGGCACAGCAUACGUCGCACCGCAGGUCUUGAUCGAUGUCGACCACACCAUGGACGUCAUGAUGGAAGAGACGUUCGGGCCCGUGGUCGGGAUCAUGAAGGUCUCAUCUGACGAGGAAGCGAUCCGGCUCAUGAACGACUCGCCGUAUGGCUUGACGGCCUCCGUCUGGACCAACGCACAAGCCAACGCGCAGUCGGAAGCUGCAUUCCUGACGAUCGCCGACGAGCUGUCUACUGGCACCGUCUUCUUGAACAGAUGCGACUACCUUGACCCUGCACUCGCCUGGACAGGAGUCAAGGACAGCGGACGCGGAGUCAGUUUGAGCAAGUUCGGCUAUGAUCAACUCACGAGAGCGAAAUCCGUGCACAUGAAGAUCAGGACGUGA